UCUGUCAUUUACUGGCUAAGUCCACUUCGCUGCUUAAAGUCACGUGGCACUUAAAGUGAUGACUACUUUAGGCUAAGUCCACUUCGCUGCUUAACUCGUAACUUGAACAACUCCUCCAUUCUAAUAGUCGCGUCAAGAUGCCUGCUACACGCUCGUCCAGCCAACAGCGCACUCGUCCACGCGAAAAUGAACCAUACCCAUCAUCUCCACGAGCCCUACCCAGCCGAUCGGAGACAAUGUCAAGCUUUCUUCAGAGUUACGCUGGAACAGCCCAAGUCACCACUUGUUCACGCGAAAAUGAACCAUACCUAUCAUCGUCAAGCUUUCUUCAAGGUUACGCUGGAAAAGCCCAAGUCACCUUUCGACCGAACAUAAUUGGCUCAUCACCAAGAUCUAAAAGGAAUCUCUCAAAGAAGCCGUUGACAGGCGAGGUCUUGGAGAUAUCGUCUUCGUCGGAUGAAGGAUCAAUACUUCCCAAAGCUCCGGGAAAUGGAUCCGAAAGCUCGUCUUGGCAGCGGGAGAAUUCGAAAUUGAAACACACAAACGAGAAGCUAGAGCAGCAACUCGCCGACCAGCGCACACAACUUGACGCUUCAAGGAAGCUUCUCAAGGAUCAAAGUGAAGAACUUGCCGCACGAUUACAAGAGAUCGAUGAUGGACGCAAGGAGAUCGAAUUGCAGCAGGAGAAGCUUGAUACUUUGCAAGCAAAAUUGGAAGAGGUGCUGUCUUGUCACAUAUGCGCACAUUUGAUGUAUUCUCCGUACAUACUUAUUGACUGCGGUCAUUGUUAUUGCGAGGGAUGCCUCAAGGGCUGGUUCGACGAAACGCUCACCAAACAUAUCCGCGAACAUCCCGCAUACAAUAUGGACCGUGACCACAUGCCUCGCAAUUUCCCCCAACUUCUCCAGACCCUUGGUCCAUAUGUCUCGCGUCCAAUUCAGACGCAACUGCAAGACAUGUAUAAUACUUCCCGACAACAGCAGCCAGUGUAUACCUGUCCGGGAUGUCGGAAGGAGGUCACCGGAAAACCAGUCAUAAACUAUGUAGUCAAGGACAUGGUUUCCGACGUCGGAAACGUUCUUGGACAACCAGACACUCGCCGGGAGCCUUCUAAUAUUGGUCCUGGCCAGCGGGCGGGUCCCUUUGACGGAUUUUUCCCUCAUAAUUAGUGUAAUUGAC